AUGCUGAAUAGAAGUUUUACUGUAUUUGCACAGUCGUGCGUUUCAGUUCUGCAGUUCUUGCGAGUCAUCGCCAAGAUCGGGUCUUUAUUGGACAUUCUGAAGAGUAAAAUGAAAAACACCGACUGCAAGCACGGUGUUCUCGACGAAGUCACAAUCGCCACGAUUCUUAAAGAAGUUCUUAGAGGCUUGGAGUACUUUCACAACAAUGGACAAAUUCACAGAGAUAUCAAAGCGGGAAACAUUCUUCUUGCUGAAGACGGGACCAUUCAAAUAGCAGAUUUUGGCGUUUCUUCGUGGCUAGCGACCGGGGGCGAUUUGUCACGGCAGAAAGUACGGCACACAUUCGUCGGCACGCCGUGCUGGAUGGCCCCUGAAGUGAUGGAGCAAGUAGGUGUUUCUCGUUUAAUGUAUUUCUUCGUACAGUAUCUAACGUAGUG